GGGGUGCACACAGCAGGGGGACACCCUCGUCUUUGGCAGGAAGACGAUCAGUCACAUGCACCUGCUGCGAGAGAACCGCGACAUUCUAUGGGUCGAGGGGUUUCCAGAACCUCAGAUCCCCGCGGAGACCCAGCCAGAGGAGGUCCAGCCGGAGGUUCCAGAGGGUGAGGCAGGUGAGGAUAUCCACCCAGAGGAUGUGGACGCUGCUGCUGAUCCACCACAGACUCAC